GGUCAUACUCAGGCUCGGCUGAUGAACGGCUCAGACUCUUGUUCUGGUCGAGUGGAGCUCCAGUACCUCAGUGAGUGGGGUACAGUGUGUGAUGUAAGCUGGGAUAUGAGAGCUUCCAGUGUCCUCUGUGCUCAGCUGAAGUGUGGGAGUGCUGUGGCUGUGUUGUGGUCAGACUGGUUUGGGGAGGGGAGUGGCCGGAUCUGGGCGGAUGUGUUUGAUUGUCAGGGGAACGAAACACACCUGUUAAAGUGUCCCAUUUCAUCAUGGAGUCGAACUGCAUGCUCUCAUAAACAGGAUGUUGGACUCAUCUGCAGUGGUUCUUCUCUGGCGUCUCAUGAGGGUGUAGUGAGAUUGACUGGAGGGAUGGAGUGUGAGGGGGAGGUAGAGGUUUUCUUCAGGCAGGACUGGAGGAGAGUUCUGCUGGACUCCUGGAGUGAGUCUGAGGCCUCUGUGGUCUGCAGACAGCUGGGCUGUGGUUCUGUACUCAACAUCUCCAGCUCCUCUUCAUCCAGUCCUGAACACAGCUACAUGUGUGUGACGGGUUUCAACUGCUCUGGGAGUGAAGCUCAUCUGAGGAACUGCAGCAGCUCACAAGCAGUUAACUGCAGCUCCACGGAACAGCUCUACAUCACCUGCUCUGGCUACAGCUUCAUCAGGCUGGUUGGUUCUGGGGGAGACUGUGCUGGAAGGCUGGAGGUUUUCCACAGUGGAUCAUGGGGGACAGUGAGUGAUGAAUUGUGGGAUAUUGAGGAUGCGCAGGUGGUCUGCAGACAGCUGCAGUGUGCAGUCGCCCUCAGUGCUCCAGUACCAGUACCAGCCCGGUUUGGAUCUGGAACUGGACCCAUAUGGCUGAAUGAGGUGGAGUGUGAGGGGAACGAGGCGUCUCUGUGGAACUGCAGAUAUCAGCUGUGUGGAGAGGAUGAAUGUGGACACAAGGAUGAUGUAGGAGUCGUCUGCUCAGAGUAUAAAGAGAUCAGACUGACUGAGGGCUGUGAGGGGAAUCUGGAGGUGUACUAUAAUGGAACCUGGGGGAAUGUGUGUGUAAAUGGGAUGACUGAUGAAACGGCAAAAUUGAUCUGUCGAGAGCUGAACUGUGGAAGAACUGGCAGUGAGUCUUGGUCUAAAGCAAGAGUGGAAUCAGCUCCUAACUGGCUGGAUAAUGUAAAAUGUAGGAAACAUGACUCCACUCGGUGGCACUGUCCAUCUUCUUCCUGGGGGGAGAACAGGUGUGAUAAUCGCAAUGAGGUUGCUUGCAUUACCUGCUCAGAGAAUGGAAAUACACUAGAUUUGACAAAUUGGCUGUGUGAUUCAUCUCCUCAUGAGAGACCGUGCUCAAAGCACAUUCCUCUGAGGCUGAGGGGAGGAGUAGGAAGCUGUACUGGAUGGCUGCAGGUGUGUCAUAAUAAAACAUGGGGGUCUGUAUGUGGUGACCUCUGGGACAUCAGGGAUGCUCAGGUGGUCUGCAGGCAGCUGGGUUGUGGGCCGGCGCUGAGUGCUAAUAGAAGAGCUGCUGAUGGUUCUGGUGGAGGAACUAUCUGGAUGAACAGAGUGAAGUGUAGAGGGAAUGAGAUUCACCUGUGGGACUGUCCUCAUUCCCUGAAGAACCACACUGACUGCUCCCACAGUGCUGGAGUCACUUGUGGAGGCUUCCUGUAUCAUACUUUGCCUUUAAAUAAUAAAAGAGGACAGAUGGGACAUUUUGUCUUGCAAGAUUCUCAACCACAGACAAGAAGAAUCAUACUUCCACAAACUCCUCCACCAGCUGUUCCCUCCAUCUAUCCAGUGUCUCUCCUGGUUCUGGGAUAUGUGCUCUUCCUGGCCUUAGUGCUUCUGGUUGUGCUGUUUUAUCAGAACAGAGUGCUCAGGAGAGUGAUCUCUAAGAGGAGGAAGACUUCAGCUGAGCCUGUCUAUGAGGAGAUUGACACCAGGCUCAUCCCUAAAAGAAUUACUGUCUCAACUGAAACCUCCUUCUGCUGAUCUUCCUCUUUCGGGUGGGGAUGGAGACGGUGGAGUGGCAAGUGCUGCUGCUUGAGCUCCAGGACACUGAAGAUGCUGGGUCUUCGGGGACUGGGCCUGAAUUUACAGAAGAGAAAGAUCUGUAGAUUUACUUUCACAUAGUUACUGUAUUCCUUUAAUAGUUUAUCCAAAUAAGAAGAUCUACAGUUCUCCAUAUUUCAUACAUUUGUCUCAUUAACAUACACUGCUUUUAGCUUGUAUGGGAUCCUGGGCAAACCCCUGAUUCAGCACUUCUCUCAUACCAUUUUAUACACUGCCUGUAUUUGUAAUUAAUGCACUAAACUAGAAAUGUCAAAAAAGUAACGAAAUAAAUAACUUUACUGCAGGAUACACACUAUAAUGAUGAAAUAAUAGAAUUAGUAAAACAACUAUUUUUUUUAAACAAGCAAGCCUGGAUGAAAAUGUUCAGAACAGAGAAUUAAGAAUGACAAGUAUUUAAAAUUAAGUACAGAUACAGUCCAGCAUUCAUUCUGACAGGUGACUUUAAUUUAGUUUUAGUCUUUUGUUUGUCACACUUUAGUCAUUUAGUCAACAAAACAUUUUAGCCUAGUCUAGUCAAAUAAAAAGUAUGUAUUACA